GUUGUUAGUUUGACAGGCAUUUUAGCCAAAAUGGCGGCGCGGCGAUUUUAUUUCUCAACUACACAAAAUGUAUGAAAAAGUUCGUUGUAAACAGACGCCACAGUAGACAAUUUUUUUUUAAUAUUUCUAUUUCUUCCAGACACCGACUACUCCGCCAAGCGAUGAAGGCCUUCCAACUGGACGGAUUAACCUCCUUGGAGUACCAACUUGUUUCCAAAACUCGUAACAAACUGUACACCCACAUAGUGGUCAACAUCGACCAUUCCUACCACAAAGUACAAGAGUUGUUUCGAAAGCACAACGAUUUCAAACUAAAUGGCCGAAAGGGAUAGUGCCGUACAUUAUAAAGGGACAGAAUUAUUCGUCCCUGAAUCGCUGUCAAACUUCGGUUUUGUAUGAAGUGUUAUUUCUGUAGGGUAGUACUAUUAUUUAUUCUGUGAUAAUACACUUGCAGAGUUCCCCCAGUAGGUACAUGAUGGGAUGGAAUAGACAUAACCAACAUAACUACUACACCUACCUACUAGUAGGUACAUCGCUCUUUUUGCUUGCUACAAAAUACAUACUUAAUACUAGAGGUGCCCAAAAAUAUUUGAAAACAGUCUAACGCCUUGACAACAGAGGCGUGUUCAGAUAUUUGUGAGCACCUUGGCCACUCCAAUAUAUCUGAUGGCGACUGUACACUGAGCGUUAGAUAUCGGUUUUACUAUCACUUAAUCUACGUUUAAUUUAAACGUAAUUUUGAUAUCGCAAGCCAUUUAAUUAUUUUUAGGAGUAAGUACAUAAUAAAAACCACAUACUUAACACGACCUAUAGGUAAAUUUGAGUAUUAGGAGUGUUAUAUUGAUUUAGAUUGUUUUGUACUACAGAUUGAUUUGUUAUUAUAGCUGCGGGUCUACCGCUGAAAUCGAAAUUUCGUUAUCUGCCUCUCUAUUUCUCGAAUGUAUAAGAAUGAUAACGAAAUUUCUAUUUUAGACGUAAAUGCGAUAAGUGACAGUGAGAUACCAACUGUUCUGUGAUACAAAUAGAUUGACUAAAGUUGAUUAAUAACAUGGUUAAUUAAAAAAACAGUUUUUGCUUUACAUUUCAAAACAUUAAAAAUAUUCGCGACGUAUAUGCCUAUCUUUGGAUAAAUGCGUCCAUGGACUACGGUUUACCGCAGGGCGGGAAAGGGGAUGGCGACCACAGCGCUAAUACGCGUCUCUCUAUCUCGGGUUAUUUUGGCGAUCGCGUUCUUAUUUCUCAUGCACCAAUUAUACUCAUUUUUCAUUGAUUCAUCUAACGAGGACCAAUUACUCUCUAAGAAAUACACGGUAUUUUUCCGCGCAAAGAAAAUCGGGUAAGAAACUGUUUGAACGAAUGCAAAAUUAUCAAUAAUAACCAGUGCAUUAUUAUUAUUUAUUAACUAUAUUGAUCUUAUAAUACAUAUCGUUUUCAUGGUUCUACAGAUCUAAGUCCAGAUAUAUCCAUCCACAGUGGUUCAAACCGCUACUCAACACAGCCGCUGCAAAAGAAGAGUCCAAUAAUCCCAGUUUUACUCAGCGGCCCGAAGCGUUCAGGCUUGAUAAUGUCAGUGACGUGGCCGGAAAGUUUUAUGACUUUCAUGACGAAAACGUCGUCAAGAGAGAUAACGACAUCGAUGACGUCAGUGACGUGAACCUCGUCAGUGACCUUUUUAGCGACGUUGACGUUGAAGAAUCUUAUGAAUUAGAAAGUAACGAACGAAGGUUGUGUGAUAUGCCCUCAGAUUUAGGGCCUAUUUUAGCGAAUACAUCAGAUAUAUCGCUAGAUGUCAUAAAGGACAAAUAUCCUGAGGUAAACUUGGGAGGGCGGUACUCACCACCCGACUGCUUAGCUAGAAGCAGAGUUGCCAUCAUAGUACCUUACAGAGAUAGACAGAAGAACUUGGCAACAUUCUUGAAUCACAUGCAUCCGUUUCUGAUUAAACAACAGUUAGAAUAUGGAAUAUUUAUCGUGGAACAAAAAGGUACACACGAGUUCAACCGCGGCAAGCUCUUGAACGUGGGUUUCCUCGAGGCAGGUGGUUGGCAGUGCUAUAUAUUCCACGACAUUGAUUUGUUGCCGCUCGACCAGCGGAACUUGUACACUUGCCCACAUGCGCGGCAUCCGAGGCUGUACGAUGCCGGUAUGCUGUAUGAAAACGAGCUCAAAGCUACAGUGAAAGGGAAUUUUGGUGGAGUCUCAGCCUUGACUGUAGAGCAAUUUGCCAAUGCCAACGGCUAUUCCAAUGGUUAUUGGGGAUGGGGUGGCGAGGACAAUGACUUGUAUUACAGAUUGAGAGGUUCGGGGUACACAGCCACACAGUACAACUCAACUAUAGCUCGGUAUGCUGCGUUAAAGCACAAACAAAAAUCACGAAACCCAAGAAGAUACCGACUGCUCCUCCAAACGAAGAAGGCCUUCCAACUGGACGGAUUAACCUCCUUGGAGUACCAGCUUGUUUCCAAAACUCAUUUCAAACUGUACACCCACAUAGUGGUCAACAUCGACCAUUCCUACCACGAAUUACAAGAGCUGUUUCAAGAACACAACAAUUUUAAACUUUUACAAGAAGUGACUGUCCGCCCUGUAGAGGAAGAGGAAAGUCUCCACGACUCGACAACUGUACAUCCACAUAGACGUAAACGUCGAAAAAGGAUUACAAGACCUUAUUCAAGAACACAAAGGUUUUAGAGAGCACCCACUGCUUAUUCAUUCAGUUGCAUGAUGCCUUUAAAACUCACCACCGUCUCUAGAAAAAAAGAAAUAAACGCCUUGGUUUAGACCACCGAAUAAAAAUGUGCCUCCCAAGCUUCUUACAGACUUUUUAAGAGGACAUCUAUAUCUAUG